AUGGCAACCACCGCCGAGGGGCGCAAAGGCGCCGCCGACGAGGGCACAAUCAACGUCGCCUCCAAGAAGGCCGCCAAGGCCAGGCCCAAUGCUGCCGUCAAACUGAGACAGCGUGUUCCCAAGCAGACAAAACCCGGGAACUGGCGAGAGGCAAGCGUGGUCGCGGAUGACAGGAGAACAAAACGAAAAGACAGCCCUUCCGCCGCCUUCGGUGAGCUGUCGCCCAGCCCCGUUGUCAACGCCAUCGACGAAACCUCCCGCGAUACCUUUACCACCGGACGACCGCUCGAAGACGGCCUCAACCUGCAACAGUGCAAGCAUUGCAAGAAGGGGAUCGUGAAGACGGCAGCUACAGACCAUAUUGCCCAGUGCUUGAAAAUUAAGAAGGAGAAGGCACAACGUAAGAAGGAAGCACGGGAGGCCAGAGAACGGGCAAAGGAGCAGGCGCGAGAGGAGGAGGCUCGCAAAAACGGCGACGAUCCCAACGCAAAGGUGAACGACAACAGCGACGAGGAUGACGAUGACGACGACGGGCCGCCCGAGAAGAAGGGCACCGGCGGGAAGGCGACCAAGAAGUUGGGCGGCAAGAAGCCCGACGGCGAGCCCAAGGGCAAGAAGCGCAAGGCCGACGGCGACGCGGACAAGGCGCCCAAGAACAAGAAGAAGAAGGAAGAGCCGAAACCCAAGGUCCCCAAGCCUAAAGGCCCCGUAGACGUCGAGAAGCAGUGCGGUGUGCUACUGCCCAACGGGCAGCCGUGCGCGCGGUCACUCACGUGUAAAAGCCAUAGUAUGGGAGCCAAGCGUGCGGUGGCCGGGCGUUCACUUCCCUACGACAUGUUGCUUGCUGCCUACCAAAAGAAGAACCAAGCCAAACAGCAGAAGGCUGCACUAGACGCCAAUGCUCCGCUCGAGGACGACGACGAGGCCAACGCCGGGCCUGUGGAUUCCGACGAGGAGACGGCAGCAGUGAUGGGGGCGCUGGCGCGAUGGAAUCCGCAGCCGGUCCUACCGCAGCCCAUCUUUACGCCAAUCAAACGGACAUAUCAGCUUGCGCGUCUGCACGAACAACUGCAGACGGCGACUAACGGAGGGCGAACCAACAUCUUCAAGGUGAAUGGGUUCGGGGCGCAGAAGAUGGCCGAGAACCAUAGCGACGUGAUGGAUCUGGACGAUGCGCCGGGUGAGCCCGACCUCUCGAUGAUGGGUGGCAGCGCGAUGCAUGCCAGACGGUCUUCCAGCUUCAGCAUGCAGGCGGCGCCGCGACGACCAUCAGUGGCCAGCCGGGCCUAG